AAUUCCCUUUUUCCCCAAUUAUAUUUCAGAUUUUUCCCCCUUGAUUCUCUCUCUCCGGUAAGUCUGUAGAUCUGAUUUCCCUCCCUUCUCUAACAGUGCCUGCGCACGUACCCAGGUCUGUUUUUUUUCCUGCUUCUCCUGACCUGAAACCUUUCCUAUUUUUCCUUCUUUCUCUCUUCCCAGUCCCCUGCUUGUAUUCUCCUGUUCUUCUUUUUUUUGCUCAGCCCACCUCCGGUUCGCCCGCUAGCUCAGCAUCUCCAUUCUCCUUCUCUAACACUUCUGCCAGUUGCCCCUUUGGGUUGCUUCGGUACCCCCUCCCCAGCGCAAUCUGCCCUCUCAUUGGCCAUCUUUCUCCCUGGACAGCAUGCCGGGCAGCUGCCGCAGGUGCUAAUGCCAGGUGCGGGUUACUACCCAUACGCUAUGUAGAAUCUGUUUGUGUGUACAUGGGUGUGAGCAUCCAGGGGUGUGUCCACGCAUGUCUGAUGUGUGCCAUGCAGUGAGGGGUGUGUGUGCCACGUGCCAUUCGCUUCUCUCUUCUCCCCCACUGCCAUCCGGCGCAGGCAGCUGCCGCUUUUGCGGUGGGAAAGGAAAGGAAGUGGUUCCCAGAAAUCCCAGGAGAGCUCUGAUUGGUCUGUGGUGAGCUCAUCUGUAAUUCCCCUUGUGUGGGGAGGGUUGGGGCGUGCAGAGGGCUGAUGUCAGCAGGAAGCCAGGCUGAUGCAAGAGGGUGCAAUGCAGUUCUGUGGCAGCGGAAAGAGAGAGGGUUGGUCUUCCUGCUCUGGCGGCAUGUGUGUCCUGGGCGUGUUUGUGUGUAAUCUGUGGGAAGUAAGAGCUGGUAAUUCAGGAACUGGCUGCAUUGUCCUACUGAGGUGCUAUAAGAUGGCCCAUCACUGUGGUGUUGGGGCUCCUAACCAGGUUCCUGGUUGGGGACAUGCUCUAGAGGAGAGUUGUGUCUAGAUCUCCUGUGCCAGCCCUGAGCAGCAUGGGGUUGAUAAAUUCCUCCCUCUCCACACCCCCACCCUGACCCCAACCCUUGCUAUGGUGCAGCUCAAACUGCAGGCGGAUGGCCAUGGGGUUAAACCAAAAAACACACUCGGGCAAUGCCGAGUUAGCCCCUGAAGAGCAACACGUGCAUUGAAACAAAUAUCCCAGACCAAGCAGCUGUUCUUUGCCUUGCAUUGGUCAGGGAGGACAGGUGUUUAGCCUGGAACUCUCAUGCUGUGCCUGCUCCCCAUUUAGUACCACAGGGCCUGGGCCGCUUAGCCCCUUGAAAGUAAUCCUGGGAAUUCUCUGGCCUGUGUUUGCAGGGGCUCAGAGCAGGUGAUCUGAGUAGUCUGUUCUAGCUCAAAUGCUGGGCAUCUACCGAUUACCCCUUUGCUGAGGGUGGCACAGAGGCACCUUGGGCAGGCCCCACAUCUGGCCUGCUGGCAGGGUCAGGGAUGCAACUGCCCGAGGCGCCCUGGAGAUGAGAUCUCCUGCUGGAGCCUCCUGUUUUUUUCUUCUGGAGGCUGGUCUCUGACUUGCACUCCAGCCCCGUCUGUGUGAGUUCCCUGUGUCAGCAUGGGGGUGUGGCCAGUGGGCGCUGCUCGGCAGCGAGUGCCUCCUCGCCCCUGGAUCAGGCCAGCAGCUGCUGUAGCUCUUGGCUUUGUGAAAUGGUUUCUCCAGUGGUAAUGACAGUCUGCCUUGCUGGCUGGCAUAGUCCCCCCUGUUCUCAACAUGGGCACAGCCUUCCUCUGCCCUCAGCCUCCCUUAGUGCCCAUCUGCUGGGCCCAGCCUGUGGCUUCUGUGGGGUUGGCUGCUGCGUGAUAUAAACCUCUCUCUGGCUCGCAGCCUCUUAGAAGCCUCUGGGAUAACAAACAGGGGGGAUGAUUCCUGACUCCCCACUUUGAUCCUGCCUGUGGGUCCAGGGAGCUGCCCCCAGCCAGGGCUGGGGGGACCCUACGGGAAGGCUCAGCAGGGUUUUCUCUCUCUCCAGAUGCACCCUUCACAUGAGGUAUCUGCCCACAGAAGUUUUUGGUCUGCCCUGAAGAGCAGGAUGAGCAGAUUGACUGGGAGAAGCCGGUUCUGACCCAAGCCGAGAUCGAGCAGAAGAUAAAGGAAUACAACAGCCAGAUCAACAGCAACCUCUUUAUGAGCCUGAACAAAGAUGGCUCCUACACUGGCUUCAUCAAGGUGCAGCUGAAGCUGAUUCGGCCGGUCUCGGUGCCAGCCAGCAAGAAGGCACCCUCCAUUCAGGACGUCAAUAAGGCGCCGCGCUCCCAGGUGGUGACGCGCCGCACGUCCUUCUACCUGCCCAAGGACACGGUCAAGCACCUGCACAUCAUCUCCCGCACCCGCGCCAGUGAGGUCAUCGAGGCCCUGCUCAAGAAGUUUAUGGUGGUCGACAACCCCCGCAAGUUCGCUCUCUUCGAGCGAGCUGAGAAGGAUGACCAAGUGUACCUGCGGAAGCUCUCAGACGAGGAGCAGCCUCUGCAUCUCCGGCUGCUGGCUGGCCCCAGCGAGAAGGUCCUCAGCUUCGUUCUGAAGGAGAAUGAGACCGGAGAGGUCAAUUGGGACGCCUUCAGCAUGCCCGAGCUGCACAACUUCCUGCGCAUCCUGCAGCGCGAGGAGGAGGAGCACGUCCGGCAGAUCCUGCACAAGUAUGCCCGCUGCCGCCAGAAGAUGCAGGAGGCACUGACUACCCGCACCCCGGGCUGAGCCACCCCGUCCCGGACCUGACACUCCAACCGACACCAGGUGGCUAGGAGAAGAGGAGGCGAGGCGGAUAUGGACGGAUCUGCUCCAGGACUAUGCUUGAUCCCUGUUACCAAAGGUGGCCUCGGUAGAGGGCAGCAUCCAAAGGAAGGCCAGGAGAAGGAGCUCAGGGGACCACAUGGGGCAACCCCCUCCCCAAGUGUUGCCUCAAUGGAGCUGGUGCCAGGGAUGUGUCUGCCCCCAUGGGUAUCCUGGAGAAGAGGACCCGGGCACUGUUGCAUGGCAAGAUCCAUCAUGUGAAUGGAGGGAUGGCACCUAGCAAGCUCAGUGCAUCCUGGCGGGAGCAUGGGCCAAUAGCAAUGGCAAGUAGCUAGCAUUGGAGUGAGAGGGGUGGUAGCCCUAGCCUUGGACAGGCCCUAACCCUUCCCUGGAGGAGCAGCAGACCCCCGGUGCUGAGGGAGCUGGGGCACUGGUGCAGGACUGCUAGGCUGGAGUGAAGCAAUCGAGCCACUCCCCAUGAGCGUGUGGGACCUGAGGCCAUUCAAAUGCAUCCAAGAGGCCGCCUGCUUUGCAGGGGGGCCUCACUUGGAGAUUUGAGUUUUUCAGUGAAUGUUUUUGAACUUGACUCUGUCGAAUGUCCCGAGCUUCGAGGGGGGCCGCGCUCCCUGGAGGCUCGGCCUGUGCGUGGUGCUGGCUCUGUGUGGAUCAAUAAAUGAUUCGGGGCAA